AUGGAAAUUAUUAAGUCGAUGCGUGUCAAUGGAAAGGCCAUCAAGGAUAGCGGCACGACGAAGCUAAAUGCCAAACAGCAAACUCUCCCCGGACCUCGUUCUUCAGGAUCUGCGACGAAAAUGAUGGGGGAGUGCAGCUGCAGUGGUGCGAUAGACGACGAAGAAACACCGGUGCCCGGAUCUCCCUCUGUUGGACCUGCGACGAUCAUGGUGGACAAAAAACGGAAAAAAUUGGUCCUCAAGAGCCACAUGGAUGGUGUCUUUUGCAACGUUGUCAGCCAAAAGACAAACAGACCGAUUCUUAAAGAAGUCGAACUUAAAAAGGAUAAGCUUUAUCCAUUGAACGCGGAACUUCAUGAAAAAAUCGUCCUCAAUUACAAAUGGACGACCAGUCCCAAGCUGGGCAGCAAACCAGUCAAAUUAUGGCUCUCGCUUUCUAAACGUCUCAAAAAAGUUUAUCUGACUAAUUCUCAAGAAGCUGAAGCACCAACAGACAGAUUUGCCCUAAUAAAACUUCUUUGAUGUCUCGACCAUAUGUACAUGCAAUGGCAAAGGAAUUGUAAUCAAUGUGUUUGCUAUUCCAAUAUUAACAUUCUCUAUAUAUU